GUUAAGAGAUAAGGGUUGGUGGGGGAAGUCGUCAACGACUCAUCCGUCCAUAAGCAGUAUGUCCAACCAUGGCAGCACUCCCAUGGCUAACAGAACCGCCUGCUGCGAUUUGGACACCAUACUGGAGCUCGUCGGCAUCUCCUUCAGCGUCUUCAUCCUCCUCUACCUCGUCAUCGUCUGCGCCCGCCACCUUUUCGUCCGGCGCCUGCAGCCCGGAGCUGCCGCCCACGAUCGGCGGAAGCCGGCCGGGCUCGAUCCCUCCGCCAUCGCCGCCCUCCCUUAUUUCGCCUACGGGAAAGCCGCUGAUGCCGUGGAGUGCGCCGUCUGCCUUAGCAUCCUGGAGGAGGGGGAGAUGGCAAGAGUGCUGCCCAACUGCGAUCACAUGUUCCAUGCAGCCUGCGUCGACCUGUGGCUACGGAGUAACUCCACGUGCCCGGUGUGCCGGACCGACGCCGAGCCGGGGAAGGCUGUCGCAGAAGCCAAACCAGGUGGGGGAAGCCAAACCAGACCGCCGCCACCGGUGUUCCAUGGCGGUGCUGCGGUCUUGCUAAUGGGUAUGUGAGAUGCAUGCAUCAGAAGGAACUCAAUAAGAUAGAAUGCAAGUUGUUUUAGAGUUUUAGUAGAGAUGUAGAUCUCUAUUUUUCUUUCAUUUUCUUCUGUAAGUAUAAAUACGAUCGAUCGAUCAGUGUUCUCUCUCUAAAAAAAUCAAUGAAGUGAAAACAAGUCUGCAAUGGAAGAUAGAAGAAGAGAAAUGAAGAGAAAGAAAGAAAUUUGCCAAUAAAUUGGUUGAUUAGAAUGUA